CACAAUGCCCAAGAUUCGCACUUCACGCACAAAACGCCCACCGGAGGGCUACGAGGACAUCGAAUCCAUUCUCGAUGACUAUGCUCGAAAGAUGCGGGACGCUGAGAAUGAGUCUCACGAAGGCAAGCGAAAGGCAGAAUCGCUAUGGCCUAUCAUGAGAAUCUCCCAUGCGCGCUCAAGAUAUAUCUACGAGCUCUAUUACAAGCGCGAAGCCAUCUCGAGAGAGCUGUACGACUGGCUGUUGAAGGAGGGCUAUGCUGAUGCCAACUUGAUCGCAAAGUGGAAGAAGACCGGUUAUGAAAAGCUUUGCUGCCUACGGUGCAUUCAGACAAGAGACAUGAACUAUCAAGGUUCGACAUGUAUUUGCCGUGUACCCAAGGCUCAGGUCCGUAGCGGAACAGUUGUCGAGUGUGUCCAUUGUGGAUGCCGUGGCUGUAGCUCUGAUUCGUAAAGCUCACAUUCUCUGUGCCUUGCCGCCAUCCAAGACGACGCUCGGUUGUCACACAUGCGGCAGUCUCUUCGGCUCACCCUGAGGGUCGUGUCCGAAGCUUCAUCGAUAUCCAAUGACUAUUCCAGCCUAAUUGAAGUUUCUUUCAGGCCUCGGUCACUUUCCGCACCCAUGGUUUGUCGCGCGCUUGUGUCAUGGGUUUCAUUUAUCUACAGGCUAUUCUUGUUACACUCACAGCACUACCGUGGUCCGUCAAGCGAUUGGUGAGCGGAAGCCAUAGUAGUCCACUCAUGACGUAUCAUGUAGAAUAUGGUUCGAACCCCAGAACCUUGGGCCUCCUGUCGCCCACUCUCGCACUCUAGAAUUGAAGCGUAUUGACGAAUAUAUCCCUCAGAAUGCCUCAAA